GCUAAAAAACCACAUGCUGACGUGGUGGUGCGACCACCUAAUAUUUUCUCCUGACUGUCUCUCACCUCUCCCUCACUCGCCCUACCGUCCUCAGAUCAACACCGCCGUUGACGAAGAAGACGACCGGAGAGGAUUUGAUCAACAACAAUCUUGCACAAAAUCUAUGAGCGGCCCGGAGACUUGCUACAGUUGAUCAGGAAGACCACCGGAGACGACUUGAAACGUUCGAUUUCGGUCCUUGACUACGAAACCCAUGGACAACCCAAAGGAUGACAAUCCAAAUGCUACUGCCACUAGUACUAGGACAAUCAUAGAUAGUGAUGCUGCCAAAGUUCUAGGUGAUGGUAAAGAUGCUGAAAAUUUCUCAUCCAGCAAACAGCCGACUUCAUCACAAAAGGAAGACACUUGCUCCAAUGCUAAUAUACCAACAUUCCCAAGUUACCAACCUUCAAGUGGUGACUUUCAGAUGUUCCCUAUUAUGUAUCCUGCAUUUGUUCCAGGGUUAGUCCCUCUGCAGAGCCAGGAACAGAUGAAUCGCGGAGCAGGCAUUUAUGCUGUUCCUGUUCUUCCAUAUAUGGGGCCUCUUGCUGGAAUACCGUCCACCAAUCUUAUUCCUCUUACGUAUAAUAUACCCACCAGAUCAACUCCAGAGGCUGGAGCAGCAGGUGAGGAGCAUAGGCAAGCUGGGCCACAGCAGCAGCAGCAGCAGCAACAGCAACAACCUCAGCCCCAGCCUGCACCUCAGAGACAAGUUGUCGUUAGGAGAUUUCAGAUUGCAUUUCAGCUUGACUUGUUGCUCAUACUAAAGCUGGCAGCUGUAAUUUUUUUGUUCAAUCAAGAUGGAUCAAGACAAAGGCUUGUUCUCCUAGUGUUUUUUGCUUCCCUUGUCUAUCUUUAUCAGACUGGAGCUCUCACGCCAUUAGUAAGAUGGCUUUCAGAAGGCAUGCAGAGGGCAGCCGCACCUCCCCAACAGCAAAGGCAUGCUGUCAGGGCUGAGAAUGCCCCUGCUGCUGCAAGACAGGGGAAUGACAAUGCUGAUGUGGCAGAGGGACUUGCCAGAGCUGAAAACGAGAAUCCACCUCUGCCUGGCGAUGUUGGGAACGGGCGGAUUGAAAAUGAGAACAUAGCAGAACCCGGAGAAGGCAACGGUGCCAACCACUGGUGGGGCAUUGUGAAGGAGAUCCAGAUGAUUGUAUUUGGCUUCAUCACUUCCCUUCUCCCAGGGUUUCACAAUCAUGUAGAUUAAGAUCAUACCUGACCGUUGAACAGGCCUCAAUGGAAACAGCUCUGAUCCUGGAAAGAAAAGCAGCAGUACUCUCUUCUUCUUCUUUCCCGCAUUGAAAUAAAUGUAGGAUACACAAAUAUUCCCAUAGGAACUGUCCUUUACACACUCCCUAUGUAUGGUUGCGGAUGCGUGCGUUGACGAUAACAAUUUGUAGAGUGAGUUUUGUUGAGUCGGGAUAUUAUGUUCUGUGAAUUGAGCCUCAGGUUUUUUUUUUCCCUCCUAUUACCAUAGAUGAUGUGUAGCAUAUUUAUAUUUUGUGCUGCCUCAACUAUUUAUCAUAUUUGGAUUUCAAACGAUCA